AUGGGCAGUGACGGUAACGAGGGCGAGCGCACGCGGAAGGAGAGGAAGAGGGCGAAGAAGGAGAGGAAGGAGAAGCAGCGGAAGGAGAGGGAGGAGCGCAUCUUCAACAAGUAUGCGAUCAUGGACCCCUCCGAGGUGAUGGCGCAGCAGGUGCGGAAGCAGAACAUUGCGUCGCUGCCUGAGAAGGCCGCGAAGAGGAUGAGGCGGGUGGGGCACAGGAUCAGUGGGGAGGUGUCCCGGAAGAAGAACCAGAAGGGCAAGAAGAGUGACGAUGGGGAGGAUGCAGGUGAGGCCCAGCCGUUUGCCUCUGUUCCGGAGAGUGCGUACCCUGGCUCGGGGGGCAAUCCGAAGAAUAAGCUCAGAAACGACAGCGAUCUGGAAGGUGCCAGUGAUGGGGAGAUGGCUGGGUUCGUGGAGGCACGCGACGAUCUGUAUGACUACUACUCUGAUUCAUCGGAAUUUGACUCCGAGGAUGAACCGGAGAAGACACACUUCUUCUCGUCGUCGUUGAGCGUGGAGAGACGCAAAGUGUUCAUGAAGUUCUUACUGUCAAAUUUGCUCAUCGGGGCCUUCUGUAUCUCCGUCCUGUCCAUCUAUUGGGGUGGGAUGUACAGGUAUCAGCAUUACAUGGGCCGUGUGAAGGCGAUCGCAGUGAUACAGGAGGAUCCGAGUGUGCAAGUCGCGGGGAACUUCACAAUGCAUUCUGUCGCGUGGGAUCUCCCGGACUUUAUCGCUAAAUCUAACGCCACUUGGAAAGUGUACAACUCCACUGAGUUCAAAAUCAUCUAUAACGUCACAAAUCAGGAUGAGAUUAAUGCAAAAAUCGUAGAGUUGGUGUACGACGAGAAGAUAUGGAUGGCAUUGAACAUUAAGGAGAACGCCACCGCGGCAUUGUACAACUCGUACAUGGUUGAGGGGGCCCCCGCGUUCAACUCAACCAAAUACUACCAGGCAGUGUACAUGAGUGGGAGGGACCCGGCGAAUUUUAACGCUCAGAUGCUCCCGCAAUUGCAAAUCGUGGAGAAAUUGUACAGAAACUAUUUCACUAUGGAUUAUUUGCCCCGGUUUCUAGAUAACAUGACGAACGUGCUGGAUUUGAACAGUAUCAACAGUACAAACCUCGCGGCAUCCGGGAAAAUGUUCUUCGAUUACUACGAUUUCAGACCCUUCUACAACAGAAUGUUGUUGAACCCAUUGCAAACGGGUCUGAUCUACUGUGUCCUGUUGACCGUGUUCCAAAUCUCAAUGUUUGGUUCUCUGCACGCGAAAAUGGCCAAGUUGCUCACAGUGAGACACAUGAUCAUCUACAGGUUUCUCAUCUCGUGGACAACGUACUUCGUCUUGUCCUUGUUCUUCUGUACCGUGUCUGCGAUCUUCCAAAUCGAUUUCACGUACAGUUUCGGCAGUCCAGGGUUUGUCAUCUACUGGAUGACCACAUGGUUGUUCAUGAUCGCCAUCGGUGGGUGUAACGAGAACGUCAUCUCACUUCUAGCACCAUACUACCCGAGCCUAAUCAGUUACUGGAUGAACACUUGGAAUAUUAUCAACGUCGCCGCAGCGUUCUACCCGUUUGCGUUGAACGACGUCUUCUACAGGUACGGGUACGCGAUGCCCCUGCACAACGCAAUGGACAUCUUCAGGGUCAUCUUCCUCGAUCUCUCGAGGCACAAGCUCGGGAGGAACUACGGUAUCCUCGCCGCGUGGGUAGGCGUCAACUCUGCAUUGUUCCCCUUCGUCAUCAGGGCUGCCGGUAGAAUGGCCCAGAAGAAACAAGCAGAGAUGGACAAAGAGAGAGACAAGGAAAGACGGAUCAGACUGCGCGUCAUACGGAAGCAUUGA